UGCUGCUACCGACAUACUUUGACUGAAGUAACCUUUCGGAAAAUAAGCAGAGGCGUUAAAACAUGCUUCUAUCUACUCUCUGCUACGAUACUUCAUCCGCGUCCAGAUUGUUUGGGUUAUGCUUUGGGGGUGUUUCGGUUGUCAUGGAUUGGUGCGGUCGGAUAGGAUACUCAGCGCGCGAGCUAUGAUUUAGCUGGGUCAAGCCAGAGUCGGCAGUCCAAGAUGAACAGUAAGCAGGGACGGAGCUGCAUCGACCCUCUAAUUCAAAGUAAUAUGGAAGGUGCAAUGGGCUCUGUAGUCCCCACAGGGCUCCCUAAAGCUGACAGUCUUCCACAAUAUUCCCAUGACAAAGCUCUGCCAAUCAGCAGAGCGUACUACCCAUACUCUCUUGGUGGACAAGAUGCACUUGACUUUCCUUCUCCAUGGGGUCCUUCAAAAACCUGCAUUAGAAAUGGGCCGAGCCCAGGGAUCCACUCAUCAGCCACCGAGGGUUCAAUUCCAGUUCCAACCAUUUACAGGCCUGAUAAAGUCUCCUUCCCUGUGGAUGCUGGUGGUGGACGCUGUGCUGUACCGCAAGAGUUGGCAGCCAAGCAAAGGUUGGCCUAUUAUGCUAGCAGUCCCAGACAGCACAGUCCCAGGGCGGCUGGAGUCAUCUCUCCAGUGGCAGUUCCCAAGAGUCACACUGGAGGAUCAGAUGCAGAAAGCUGUGUUGGGUUGGCUAUUCCAAAACCGAUAUAUGGGCAUAGCCCCUGCUGUACUGAGCGUGGAUGCACUGCAGGGCACUACGGUGUGGAACAUGGACCACAAAGGAUGUCCCCUCGCAUUUAUGAUGACGAAUGGGCUGCUCAUUUCAGUCGCUUGGCUUACCUGCAUAAAAAGGGCCAGGAGGCAUUGGCGCAACAAAGGGUUUUGCAGUUAGAGCACGGCGCGGAGGGAAUAAAAGAUGGAAAGACUGAGAGUUACCAUGGUAUUAGAUCAAAUGAGACAAGAAGGUCACUUUCUUUAAUGCAACCGAGCUAUUCUUACAACACUGCACAUCAGUUUAUUGGUUCCACACCAGAGUACUGCCAACGUGCCCCAGUUCCCCACAAAUAUACAAGGGUCUUCCCCACACUUAUGACCCAAGGACAUUGGCACACCAUGGAGUUCCUUCGAAAAUAUAUCAGGACCAUCCUCGCAUAUCCAAAUACACAUCAAUGCCUCCAUGUCCCACUGUCUAUUACCCUCAGAGUCACCACGAGGCUUACCAAGCGAAUCCUAAUGUUAUUACAGAUGAGCAUGCUCAGCAUCAUCACAUGGGUCAGUUCCAUUCCCCUCGAGCUGACUUGA